UCGAGCAGUUUCAUUUGAACCGUUGCGGAGUGCGGACGUGUGUGAACACGUCGUCUGUGUCGAACGCCCUCCACCCCCCAGAAGAAAAAAGAAAAACACAGCAGCAGCACGACGGAGUGCUCCGAGAGAGGGAAAAAGGUUUAGCUCAACAGUGAGUGGAAAACAGAUACACACAAUUUUCUUUCGUGCCGUUUUUUGUUGUUGUUGGGGGGGUUUGAAAGUCCGGUAAAAGUGUGUGCGUGUUUCGCGAUCUGUAUUUAUCGAUGGUAUGGGCGCCGUGUAGCUGAGCGUACCCGGAGAACCCGGUGUGCGCCCAUCGCGUUUAGGGCCCCGGCGCCAUGUUCAGCCGACGCAGAAACGAUCACAGGAUUCAACCAGUAAGGUGUUGCUAGCGAAACCUGGAAGGCUAAGAAGCAGGAAGAAGCAGGAGCAAGAAGUGUAAAGGGGGGAAAGCAGGCUGGGUGAGAGCCUCCCUGUGCCGGAAGGUCGACAAAACAAGGACUCUCCGCUGGGGGGAGAGGGAGUGUGGGUAGGCAGAGGCUCCUGCCAUCCUACUCCCGAGCUGGUGGCACCAUCCCGUUUGGUGUCAUCUUCGCGCGUGUGUGUGUGUGAAGCUCAAGCUCUAGUGUGCCUGAUGUCCUGAGCUCAACUUCAUCGGCAAACUUCCGUGGACUGUUGGAAGUAGCGGCAGCAAAGUAUCCUCCACGUGUCAACCGUACGCGAAUCCGCGUCCAAAACGGCGAACAAUCAUCACGUUCCGAAAAAAAUAACAAAACUGGAAAGUAAUUUCCCAUAAAGAGAAUAUUUCCCCGAAGGCCAUCUCCAGGACCAAUCCCCAUCGGCGUUGGAACCAACAGAAUGAUGGGGAGCCCGCGAAGGAUAACGGGCGCCACCAUCCUGUUCGCCAUUGUGCUCUGUAGUUUCAUCGGUAGCGCUUUCGGUUUCCUGUCGUGCUCGCCAUCACCGUGCAAACAUGGCGGCACGUGCGUUAGCCGUCCGAAUGGUGCAUCCUACUGCAACUGUACGUCACGAUAUACUGGAGAUUUCUGCGACUUUCCAAAUCCGUGCCACACGGCGGCCGGUCCCCGCUGCCAGAAUGGCGGCAUCUGCGAGACGACCUUCCGCGACGGUAUACCAUCGUUUUCGUGCCGGUGCCCGAUCGGUUAUACCGCGAGCCUGUGCGAGAUACCGGUGAAGAAUGCGUGCGAUUCGUCACCGUGCAACAACGGUGGCAACUGCAAGCUAAAGACACUGGACGAUUACACCUGCAUCUGUGCGACCGGCUAUUCAGGCAAACACUGUGACAAGCAGAAUCUGUGCGCUUCCUCACCGUGUCGGAACGGUGGCACCUGUACGCUAUCGCCGAACGGGCAUGUGAAGUGCAUCUGUCCGAAAGGCUUCCGUGGCAUGUACUGUGCGGACGACAUUGACGAGUGUCUGAAGAAUCCGUGCGAAAACAAUGGCAAGUGCGUCAACACGCACGGUUCUUAUCAAUGCAUGUGCGAACCGGGCUACACCGGGAAGAACUGCGAGUCCGGCUACAUCCCGUGCUCACCGUCACCCUGCCAGAACGGUGGCACCUGCAAGCAAUCGACCAAGUACUCCUACGAAUGCAAAUGUCCUCCGGGCUUUCAAGGGAAGAACUGUGAGGAGAACACGGACGACUGCCCGGGUAAUCUGUGCCAGAACGGUGGCACUUGCGUGGACGGCAUCAACGCCUACCACUGCAGUUGUCCGUCCAGCUUUACCGGCGAGUUCUGCGAGAACGAUGUGGACGAGUGUGCGCUGCGGCCAUCGAUCUGCCAGAAUGGGGCGACCUGCACGAACACGCACGGCAGCUACAACUGCAUCUGCGUGAACGGUUGGAAUGGGCCGGACUGUAGCAACAACAUUGACGAUUGCGUGGAUGCGGCCUGCUUCAACGGUGCCACCUGUAUCGACGGUGUCGGCAGCUUCUACUGUCGCUGUACGCCGGGCAAGACCGGGCUGCUGUGCCAUCUGGAUGACGCCUGCACAUCGAACCCGUGCCAUGCGGACGCAAUCUGUGACACCAGCCCAAUCAACGGAUCGUUCACGUGCUCGUGUGCGGUCGGCUACAAGGGUACCGACUGCUCGGAGGAUAUUGACGAAUGUGUUCAGGGUUCACCCUGUGAGCAUAAUGGUAUCUGCGUGAACACGCCCGGUUCGUUCGCCUGCAACUGCUCGCAAGGAUUCACCGGACCACGGUGCGAGACGAACGUCAACGAGUGCGAAUCGCAUCCGUGCCAGAAUCAGGGCAGCUGUCUGGACGACCCUGGUACCUUCCGUUGCGUGUGCAUGCCAGGUUAUACCGGUACGCAGUGCGAGAUCGACAUCGACGAGUGUGCGACGAACCCGUGUCUGAAUGGUGGCAUCUGCCGUGAUAUGGUCAACUCGUUCAAAUGUACGUGCGCGAUCGGUUUCUCCGGGUUGCGGUGUCAGAUCAACAUCGACGACUGUAUGUCACAACCGUGCCGGAACGGUGGCAUCUGUCACGAUUCGAUCGCCGGCUACUCGUGCGAAUGCCAGCCCGGCUACACGGGACUCUCGUGCGAAACGAACAUUAACGAUUGUCAGUCGAAUCCGUGCCAUCGAGGCGCCUGCAUCGACGGGGACAACUCCUUCACCUGCCUGUGCAAUCCGGGCUACACCGGAUAUCUGUGCCAGAUACAGAUCAACGAGUGCGAAUCGAACCCGUGCCUGUUCGGUGGUCACUGUGAGGAUCUGGUCGGUGGGUACAUGUGCCGCUGCCAGCCAGGAACGUCCGGACCGAACUGCGAGGUGAACGUGAACGAAUGCCACAGCAACCCUUGCCGGAAUGGGGCGAAAUGUAUCGAUGGAAUCAAUCGCUACACGUGUCAGUGCGUGCCGGGAUAUACUGGGUUCCACUGCGAGACGAACAUCAACGAGUGUGCGUCGGACCCGUGCGCUAACGGAGGCGUUUGCAUGGAUCUGGUGAACGGAUUCCGGUGCGAAUGUCCGCGCGGAUACUUCGAUGCACGGUGCCUGAGCGAUGUGGACGAGUGUGCGUCGAAUCCGUGCAUCAAUGGUGGUCGGUGCGAGGACGGUGUGAACCAGUUCAUCUGCCACUGUCCACCAGGAUACGGUGGACGGCGUUGCGAGAUCGAUAUCGACGAGUGUGGUUCGAAUCCGUGCCAGCAUGGUGGUAUCUGUCGGGAUGGGCUGAACGCUUACACCUGCCAGUGCAUGCCGGGCUAUACGGGACGCAACUGUGAGAUCAACAUCGACGACUGCGUGAAUAAUCCGUGCAGGAACGGUGGCUCUUGCAUCGAUCUGGUAAACGGCUACAAGUGCGUGUGCCGUGGUCCAUUUACCGGGCGUGACUGCGAAUCGAAGAUGGACCCGUGUCUGCCGAAUCGUUGCCGGAACGGUGCCAAGUGCUCACCGAGCCCGAACUAUCUUGACUUUGCCUGCUCCUGUACGCUCGGCUACACCGGCCGGUUGUGCGAUGAGGACAUCAACGAGUGUGCACUGUCAUCACCGUGUCGGCAUGGAGCGACCUGUCGCAAUACGAACGGCUCAUACCACUGUAUCUGCGCGAAGGGCUACGAAGGCCGGGACUGCACGAUCAACACGGACGACUGUGCGUCGUUCCCGUGCCAGAACGGUGGUACCUGUCUGGAUGGGAUCGGUGACUACACGUGCCUGUGCGUGGACGGGUUCGAGGGCAAACACUGCGAGGUCGACAUCAACGAGUGUCUGUCGAUGCCGUGCCAGAACGGUGCGACCUGCAAUCAGUACGUGAACUCGUACACUUGCACCUGUCCGCUCGGAUUUAGCGGCAUGAACUGUCAAACGAACGACGAAGACUGCACGGAAAGCUCGUGCAUGAACGGUGGCACCUGCAUCGACGGUAUCAACAGCUACAACUGCUCGUGCGAAACGGGCUACACGGGAUCGAACUGCCAGUAUCGCAUCAACAAAUGUGAUUCGCAACCGUGCCGGAAUGGUGCGACGUGUCACGAUUACGAGAACGACUACACGUGCCACUGUUCGUAUGGGUACACGGGGAAGCAGUGCAUGGAUUACGUGGACUGGUGUACCCAGAAUCCGUGCGAAAAUGGCGCUACCUGUACGCAGCAGGACAACACGUACCAUUGUGCGUGCGCUGCCGGAUGGACUGGGAAGCUGUGCGAUGUGGAGAUGGUGUCGUGUAAGGAUGCGGCCGCUAGGAAGGGCGUCGACGCGAAACAUCUCUGUCACAAUGGAACCUGUGAGGAUUUCGGCAAUUCGCAUCGGUGUCGGUGUGCGAGAGGGUACACAGGAUCUUACUGUCACCACGAGAUCAACGAGUGCGAGUCACAACCGUGUCGGAAUGGUGGCACAUGCAAGAAUCUGAUCGGCUCGUAUCGGUGCCAGUGUCGGGCCGGAUUCCAGGGUCAAAACUGUGAGCUGAACAUCGACGAAUGCAAACCGAACCCUUGCCGUAAUGGUGGCAUCUGUCACGAUUUGGUCAACGGGUACAAGUGUUCCUGUCCACCCGGAACGAUCGGAGUGCUGUGCGAGAUCAACACGGACGACUGUACGCCCGGUGCGUGCCAUAAUAAUGGCAGCUGCGUGGAUAAGGUCGGUGGCUUUGAGUGUCGCUGUCCGCCAGGUUUUGUCGGUGCAAGAUGCGAAGGUGACAUCAACGAGUGCCUUUCGAACCCGUGCUCCAAUCCGGGCACGCUCGACUGCGUGCAGCUGGUGAACGAUUAUCACUGCAACUGUAAGCCAGGCCAUAUGGGCCGCCACUGCGAGGUGAAGGUAGAUUUCUGUGCCAACAGUCCGUGCCUGAACGGAGGACAGUGUUCGACGCGUCAGUCCGGCCAUCAUUGCGUGUGUGCGGAUGGGUACUACGGUAAGAACUGCGAGUUCAGCGGACACGAUUGCGAUUCGAACCCGUGCGUGAAUGGGCUGUGCCAGAUUGCGGACGACGGUGGGUACAGGUGCGACUGUCCGCUCGGUACCAGCGGCGUUAACUGCGAGCUCGACAUCCUGGACGAAUGUGCAUCGGUACCGUGUGAAAAGGGUGCACCGUGUCAGAACAAGCUCGGUGACUUCGAGUGUCUCUGCCCACCGAAGUGGAGCGGCAAGACGUGCAACACGUACGAUCCUCACUAUCACGGCUGGUACGAUACGACGCAGCAGCAGCAACGUCCGCACAAGCACGGUGGAGCAGCACUGCCGAACAUUUACGCGAUCGAUCUGGAGUACCAGCGGGCACAGUGCGUGAAGAAGGGUUGUCGGGAGAAGCAGGGCAAUCAUCGGUGCGACGAGGAGUGUAACACGUACGCGUGCGACUUCGAUGGCAACGAUUGCUCGCUCGGCAUCAACCCGUGGCUUAACUGUACCGCCAGCAUCAACUGCUGGGAGGUGUUCAUGGAUGGGUUCUGUAAUGAGGAGUGCAACAAUGCGGCCUGCCUGUUCGAUGGACGUGACUGCGAGAAGAAGCUGCAACCGUGCAAUCCGAUCUACGAUGCGUACUGUCAGAAGCAUUACGCGAACGGGUUCUGCGAUUACGGGUGUAACAAUGCGGAGUGUAACUGGGACGGGUUGGACUGCGAGAAUGAGAAGGAACCGGCCCAGCUGGCAGAAGGUGCCAUCUCGAUCAUACUGCUAAUGGAUGCGGCAACGUUCCGCGCGACUGCGAUCCAGUUCCUGCGCGAUCUCGGCCAUCAGCUGCGGACGACGGUACGGAUCAAGAAGAACGCGGCCGGCAUGGAGAUGAUCUACCCGUGGAAGGGUGGUACCGCGCUGCAGGGACUGUCGGACAGUGAGUUUGGCCGGAAGCAUCAUGUGGUGUACACGGAGACGCGCCAAAUCGGUAUCCAGGUGUAUCUGGAGCUGGACAACAGGAAGUGUAUCGGUAUGAGUGGUGCCGAAUGCUUCGGCACGGCGAACGAAGCGGCCGAGUUUCUGGCGGCCACGGCAUCGAAACACUCGCUCUCGAAGCAGUUCCCGAUCUUUCAGGUGAAGGGUGUCAAUCCGGACGAUGAUGGGUUGCCGGGCGCAACGAACGUCAACUACGUGCUGGGUGGAUUCUUUGGAUUGUUGUUCCUUGCGUUCUUCAUUGUGCUGGUCGUGAACAGGAAGCGUGCGCACGGUAUUACCUGGUUCCCGGAAGGAUUCUUUACCGCAAACACAAACGUACGACGACCGUCUCGGCGUCGCCCGGAUGGGCAGGAAAUGCGUAACCUCAACAAGAACCCGUCCAUGGUGGAUAUGGUGGUGGCGAAUGGAGUCGGUGGACACGGCAGUGGUGCUGGAGGUCACGGUAUGAUGGGCCACGGACAGCAGUGGUGCAACAGUGACGACGAGUCGGAGAUGCCGACGGCUCGCAAGCGUAUGCGUGCCAUCGAUCAGGGCUACUCGAGCGAUCACACCGCAAUUACGGACUACGAGGAAACGGAACCACGCGUCUGGGCACAGCAACACUUCGAGGCGGCAGACAUACGCGAUCACCCGGCGAUGAUGACACCGCCAACGCACCACGACGGUGAUGUGCGGGACGUGGAUGUACGGGGACCGUGUGGCAUGACUCCACUGAUGGUAGCGGCCGUGCGUGGUGGUGGGCUAGAUUCAGGCGAAGACAUCGAUUCGACGGACGACUCGGCGGCCCAGAUCAUCUCGGAGCUGGUCGCACAGGGUGCGGAACUGAACGCAACGAUGGACAAGACGGGCGAAACGUCACUCCAUCUGGCGGCACGGUAUGCGCGGGCCGAUGCAGCGAAACGGUUACUGGAUGCGGGUGCGGAAGCCAACAGUCAGGACAACACGGGACGUACACCACUGCACGCGGCAGUCGCUGCCGAUGCGAUGGGCGUGUUCCAGAUACUGUUGCGCAACCGGGCUACGAAUCUGAACGCACGGAUGCACGAUGGCACGACACCGUUAAUCCUGGCCGCACGACUCGCUAUCGAGGGCAUGGUCGAGGACCUGAUACAGGCGGACGCCGACAUCAAUGCGGCAGAUAACAGUGGCAAGACGGCACUGCACUGGGCGUCGGCUGUGAAUAAUGUGGACGCGGUGAACAUUCUGCUGUCGCACGGUGCGAACCGCGACGCGCAGGACGACAAGGACGAGACGCCACUGUUCCUCGCGGCCCGGGAAGGUUCGUUCGAGGCGUGCCGUGCGCUGCUCGACAACUUUGCCAACCGUGACAUCACCGACCACAUGGAUCGGCUACCGCGGGACGUUGCCAGCGAACGGCUCCAUCACGAUAUCGUGCGUCUGCUGGACGAGCAUGUGCCACGGUCGCCCCAGAUGGUCACCACGAUACCGUCCGGCAAUGGGGGCAGUGCGGCGAACGGUGCCGGUAACACCAUCAUGUCACCGACGCACGCCCACAUGAUCACGCACCCGACGAUAAUCGCGUCCGCCAAGCAGAGCAAACAGAAGAAACAACGCCAGCAGAAGAUGAAUGUUGGCGGUGUGGCAAGUUCGUCUGCAGCGGCGGCGGCAGCUGUUGCUGCCGCUGCACAGGCCGCAGUAGUGGCGGCGAACAUGGGCGGUGGUGGUGGUGGUGUGGCUGGGCUGACGCUCAACCAGAACCCGACCAGUCCGCAGGACGGUGGUGCCGAGCUGGUGGCGGGCAGCAUGCGACGAAAAGCUGUAGCCAAGAAGUCGGGCAAUAGUGCGGCGAACAAGAAAGCGACCAACAAUGGCGGGGGUGGUGGUGGAGGUGGUGCGGGCGGUGGUACACCCGGUCACGGGGGACUGACCGAUCUGGGACUGGCGGACGAUCAGCUCAGUUCGGUGGAGUCGCCGAUCGCUAACCUCAACAGCCCCUACGACUCGGUGAGUCUCUACUCGAACGCGAUGACCGUGCAUCAGCUGGACACGAUCAGCCCGAACGGUGCUAGUGCAGGAGGCGGCAAUGGUAUCAUGCCAAAGAAACCUCCAAGCUAUGAAGACUGCAUAAAGAGCGCACAAUCGAUGCAAUCACUGCACAACAUUCAGCUCGAUAACUACGGCUACUCGCUCGGGGGUAAUGUCACUGGCGGUGGAAAUCAGUUCUCCGAUCUGCUCAUGAGCCAGCAGCGAUCGCUGAACAGUGGGGGCGGCGGUGGAGGUGGCGGAGGAGUUGGAUCUCUCGCAUCGAACGGCAUGUGUCCGACAGGGAACAACCUCAUGCACACCGCCAUGCACACGAUGGGCGAGAGUGGACUUAGUCCGCCCUACUCCAACCAAUCACCUCCCCACUCGGUCCAGAGCAAUAUGGCGCUCUCGCCUCAAGGCUAUAUAGUGUCGCCUGAUCACAACGCCUUUGCAGGUUCUCCCUCGCCCGCCAAAACACGCCCCAGCCUGCCAACCUCACCGACGCACAUCCAGGCGAUGAGGCACGCGCAGCAGCAAAAGCACAACAUACAGAUGAUCUCCAGCGGCAACCUGCAACAGCAGCAGCAGCAGCAGCAGCAGCAGCAGCAGCAAGGUGGCAACAGCUUAGGCUGCAAUGGUGGAGGCCAACAGCAACAGCAGCUGGGCGGUGGGUUGAGUAGUAGCAACGGUGGUAACGGUGCCAACAACAAUCCCACAUCGAACAGUGCAAUGCUGGCCGGUCUGCAGAUGAACUUCGUGAACGGUUCCAGCGGGCUCGAGCUGGCUGGAUUCUGCAGUCCAACUGGUCAAGGAUCUCAAGCAUCGACCUCACAGAACACGACUGGCACGACCAGCACGGCGAUGACGGUAGCGUCGGCACAUCUGUCCCCGCUGAGCCAGCAACAGCAGCAGCAAGUGUUGGCGAUGGUUGCACAGCAGCAGGCACAGCUGAACAAUCAGCAGCAGCAAGCUCACCAUCAACUGCAACAGCAACAGCUGCAACAGCAGCAGCAACAGCAACAACAGCAGCAGCAACAACAGCAGCAGCAGCAGCAGCAACAGCAGCAACAACAGCAGCAGCCCCAACAGCAGCAACAAUCAUCCUUCUACCAAUAUUUGACACCACCGAGCCAGCACAGUGGCGGUGUGACGCCGCAGCAUCUCGUGCAGACGCUCGACAGCUACCCGACCCCAUCGCCGGAAUCGCCCGGCCACUGGUCAAGUUCCUCGCCGCAUUCCACGUCCGACUGGUCCGAGGGCGUACAGUCACCGGCCAACAACGUGUACGUCACGAGUGCGGCCGGCCACCAGGCGAACAAGGGUUCCGAAGCGAUCUACAUCUAAACCCCAGGGACGACGGGAAGGCACUGGAACGACGGUGCGCAGGACGCUCAGUGAGCACGCUCAGCCCGUGCUCCUCGCGCCUCACCAGUGCCCAAGCUUGUUAAUGAUGUACGACACUGUGUAUCGGAGUGGAUGAGGUAGACUCGCUUCAUCACACACUUGUUUAGAUUACGCUAUGUUAGCUGGUAGGCAACGCAAACAGAAGCAUAAUUUUUUUUUAUUAAAAAAAAAGACACAAGCACCUAGACUGUAAGGAAAAGAUACAUUAUAUUUUAUUAUCUUUAAAGCAAAACACAAACAAUCGUAAUGUUUAAGAUAUUUUUAAAAAAAAUCCAUACAAUUGGUGCGAAUGAGUGCGUGAUGGAUGCAUGAGAGAGGGAGAGAGAGGGAGGGGAGGGAGGGAGAAAAAGAGAAGCGAUAGCGAGAAAGUGAGUGUGUUUGCGUGUAUGUGUAUAGCGAAAAGAAAGUGGUGAAGAAAGUUCUAAAACUCGGCGCUGUAAUUGCAAAUAUCUGUUUUUAGUGCGUAGUGUAGCAAACGUGUUAGCCUGUAAGUAUAAGGUCCUAGGAGUAGGCAGUCGCUUCAAUAGAAUCAUAUCGUGUGAGAGAGAGAGAGAGCGGAAAGGAGAGAGCUGGAGAGGGAGAGAGAUGAAGAGUUUUAAAAAGACAGAUAAAGAGCAGCACAGUGGAGCAGCGGAAGCCUUAUUUAGCCCCUUUCGUUAAUUUUGAAUUUUAUUUUAAUCUUCCGUACGUGGCUGACAUUAGCGAUAUUCGUGUGCCGUAUAUAUUUGGCAGGUUGUGCACGCGCAUUUUUUUUUUAAAUCAAGAAACGAAAGUCCACGCGCGCCAGUCGACUGCGGAUUGCAUGGACCGGGCGGGCUUGGUUAGGAGCGGACAUAUCCACACACAGUCUUACAUCUCUGCUGAGUUCCGCCGGAAGCCCCAAAGACAGCGGGGCCUAUCAAUUGUACAUAGAUACUGUUUGUUAAUUGUUUGUAUAAGCUCUGUUGCAUUCUCUCGCUGUCUCUCUCACACACGCACACACAUACUCUCUUUUGGUGUCUCUCUCGUGCGCUUUCCUUAGAUCGCUUGAAGGCAAGGUUCUCAUGACCAGCUUCCGACAAAUUGGAAGGCAAUUUAUUUGAUGUUAUUGCAUAGUAAGGGUUCAAGUAAUAACUGUCAGAACACACACACACACCUUUUUACAACCGAUAUGGACAGUGGGUCGGGACUAAUCCGUAUUAAUCACUCAGCAAGUAUUCUGUAACGAAUGAGCGUUUAAGGUGUAUGCAAGCAUUUCUGUAAGCGAUCACAGAACCCGUUGACUUCUUUUUCCUCCCGUUUUAGUCUGGUGUGUUAAGCGCCUUCAAUCCGGCCGGAGAACUCUCUACUGUAGCAGUGUACGAUAGUAAAACCUUAGCAUUUUUUUUUACGCAUCGCCUCACCAUUCCGAGCUCGCGGUUGCUCGGAUGGAUAUCUUCUGAACCGCACAUCUUUAACAAUUUGUACUUCCUGCCCUUGCUCUGGUUAAUUUUUCAAAUUUUUUUUAGCGUAAUAAUUAUUACAAAAUAUUGAAUUAUUUUAAAAGAAAAAAGCGAGACAAACACGUAGCGUGUAAGUGUGUAGAAUUUUGAAUUUGUCGUAAUCUCUUAACAAAUGCAAAAACUCGCUGUUAGUAGUUGCUGCCUCGUUCGUUUAGUUUGCGAAUUUUUUAAAAAAAUAUACGUCCUCGCGUGUAUGUGUGUGUUCGGUGCAGAAGAAGUGCUGUACAAGGCUUCGGAUGUGUGUUGACAAGCCGUUGCCGUUGGCCACAUUCGACAGAUGGCUUGCGCGAAGGGCCUUCUCUUUUAACAUCCGGACCGCUGCACGUGGCCGGACUAGAUAAAUUACAGAUUAGUGAAUCGAACGCAUCGAACCACUGUAGACGCUCUGUUGCAUUUUAUUCAUAUAUUUCGCCGCAUCAUUCCUAGCAGUUAAGCACUCCCGUCGGGGUACGGUCGUUGCUGUGUUGUGCGUUCGCCGAGGCCACCAUCUGCGGUCGGUACACAUCGUAAUAGUAUUUAAAAAAAAAAUCGAUCUAACGUUAAUGUACGAAAAAACAUGUUAAGAAAGGCAAAACUUAAUGUCGGCAAAUUUUAGUUAAAAUUAAACAAAACAUACAAACACAACAACUACUAUCAUCAAAUCAACAUGCAGCACAAAACAAUGACAAAUAAGGUACUUGGGCGUCGGAAUGCACGCGACCGAUGUAGGUAAGACGCGAGGAGCAGGUUAAAUGCGCGAAAUAGAUGCAAGAAUUUUAAAUAAAAUAUCUUUUAAAAAAUUA